AAGACGAUGCCUUCUUCUUGCAUUGCUGCUAUCACCAGUGUCCAGCCUUUGUACCUGCUAGCCAUAAAUAAAGCCAGCUGAGCUGAGCUAGCUCCAUGCCCAUCAGCAGUUAUAUGCAGCAAGACACAAAGCAAAAUUAAUAGCUAGAGAGAUAGCCAGCAGCAGGUAGUAGCAAUUCCAACAAGUCAUGGCUCAAGUGUUGCAGCAGGUGCGCCAUGCCUUCCAUGAGCUGCUGCUGCUGCUGCCACAAGCAUCAGCAGUAGCAGUAUUAGUCUCCAUCCUGCUCAUCAUCAUCCUGAUCGAGAUCGUGCGCCGCCCAUCGACGGCGGCGGCCACCGCAGCAAGAAGAAGAGCCAGCAUCAGAGAAGAGCUGCUGAGCAAGCUGCCUUCGCCUCCCGGCAGGCUCCCCGCCAUCGGCCACCUCCACCUCGUGGGCUCCCUCCCGCACGUCUCCCUCCGCGACCUCGCCGCCCGGCACGGCCGCGACGGCCUCCUGCUCCUCCGCCUCGGCGCCGUCCCGACGCUCAUCGUCUCCUCGCCGCGCGCCGCGCAGGCCGUCCUCCGCACGCACGACCACGUCUUCGCCUCCCGGGCCUCCUCCCCCGUCACCGACAUCCUCUUCUACGGCUCCACGGACGUCGCCUUCGCCCCCUACGGCGAGCACUGGCGUCAGGUGAGGAAGAUCGCCACCACGCACCUGCUCACGGCCAGGAAGGUCCGGUCCUACCGCCGCGCCCGCGAGCACGAGGUGAGGCUGGUGGUGGCCAGGAUCCGCGAGGCGGCGGCCGGCACGGGCGGCGCCGCCGUGGACCUGAGCGAGCUGCUCAACUGCUUCACCAACGACGUGGUGUGCCACGCCGUGUCCGGCAAGUUCUUCAGGGAGGAAGGGCGGAACAGGCUGUUCCGGGAGCUCGUGGAGGCCAACUCGUCGCUCAUCGGCGGCUUCAACGUGGAGGACUACUUCCCGGCGCUGGUGAAGCUGGAGGUGGUGAAGAGGAUGGUGUGCGCCAAGGCCCGGAAGGUGAAGGGGAUGUGGGACGAGCUGCUGGAGAAGCUCAUCGAUGACCAUGCCAGCAGGCUGCCAGCGGCGGAACGCGACGGCGGCGAGGAGAGCAGCGACUUCAUCGAUGUGCUGCUCUCCGUGCAGCAAGAGUACAAGCUCACGAGAGACCACAUCAAGGCGCAAUUGGCGAUCAUGUUCGAAGCUGGCACGGAUACGUCAUUCAUCGUCCUGGAAUACGCAAUGGUUCGGCUGAUGCAAAACCCUGGCCUCAUGGACAAGCUCCAAGCCGAGGUGAGAAGCACUGUAGGCAAAGCACGCAAGGAUAAAGACGACGACGACAUGGUGGUUACCGAGGAUGAGCUCAACGACAACAUCAACAAUCUAGCCUACCUCAAGGCCGUCAUCAAAGAGACGCUCCGACUCCACAUGCCGGCGCCACUCCUGGUGCCGCACCUCUCCAUGGCCGACUGCGACAUCGAGGGCUACACCAUACCGGCGGGGACGCGCGCCAUCGUCAACGGCUGGGCGCUUGCCAGAGACCCAAGCUACUGGGAGAAGGCGGAGGAGUUCAUGCCGGAGCGGUUCAUGGAAGGCGGCAGCGCUGCGGCCAUGGAGUACAAGGGGAACGACUUCCUCUACCUGCCAUUCGGGGCAGGGCGGAGGAUCUGCCCUGGCAUCAACUUUGCGACCUCCACCAUCCUAGUCAUGCUUGCAAACCUUGUGUACCACUUCAACUGGGAGCUGCCACCUGAAUCGGCGGAGAAAGGCAUCGACAUGACCGAGUCAUUCGGGGUCACCGUGCACCGGAAAGAGAAGCUCCUCCUUGUCCCCGUACUGCCUCCAUCAUAUCAUUAGUCCUUUAUUCAUGAGCUGCAUGCGGAUCGAUCAAGGGCUACUCUUAAUUAAACUAGCUUAAUUCCUAUAUAUGAUUAUAUUGUUUGUUUUUGCGAGGACUACCUAUACAUACAUAAUUAUUGUGUAAUAUCGCAAAGUGGAUCGGAUGUGUUGGUAAUCAGUACUGUACUAUGUUUCUAAAUAAAAGAAUAAAAUUGUUGUUAUAAGUUGUACAAGAAAAAAUUUUUAAUUA